UCCCCCUUAACCCAGACCCCCGUCUUUGCUGUAGGUUUUCCGUCUCCACUUUCUGGAUUCAGCCCUGACUUUACCUGUAUCCUUGACGAAGGACUGUGAACUUCAUUUCCGUCACCAACGCGCAGUACUUCCGGAAUCCCUGGAAGCCCGCCGUUGCCAUGGCGACGGUGUACACAGCCUGGCAGCUGCAAGUCCAGGUUGCCUGUAGAGCGCCUGUCGCGGCAGUUACAGCUGCAGUUGUAGCGGUCGCUCCGCCCGAGCGCCGCUCCCUCGCGAGUCCCAGGAGUCUUCCAUCCGGGUCCAAAGGCUCGCCCUGGACAGAGAGAGCGUGAGUGGAGUGUCAGAGGGCGUCUGGACUCUUCACUCGUCAGUUUUCGAACUGGAGAGACUUUCGGCAUCCUCACUUCGAGCCAUUCGUGCAACAGAUGAGGAAAUCCCUCAAGAGAGAGGGAGGAAUGAGACCCAAACCCCCAGCCACUCACCCAAAGGACUCCACACUGGUAGUGACUGAAGAUGGACCCACCAGUGGAGAUUCAGUCACCCUCUGACUUCCAGCCAUGAGCAUUACCACGAACCACCAUUUCUUGAGCACCUAUUGUAUGCUGGGCACUGUUCUGGAUAUUGUGGGGGGUAUUCGAAAGAGAUAAAAGACACAGUCCUUGUCCUCAAGCAGCUUUGUAAUUUGAUUUGGAAGCUGAAGCCCACAUAAAUGAAGCGACGUAAAAACGGUAACAAGCAGUAUUUCACUAAAACGGGUACUAGGAAAAAGGUUCAAGCAUUUGUACGUGUCAAGCCUACUGAUGACUUUGCUCAUGAAAUGAUCAAAUACGGAGAUGACAAUAAAAGCAUUGAUAUUCACUUAAAAAAAGACAUUCGGAGGGGAGUUGUCAAUAAUCAGCAGACAGAUUGGUCCUUCAAGCUGGAUGGAGUUCUUCAUGACGCCUCCCAGGACCUGGUUUAUGAGACAGUCGCCAAGGAUGCAGUUUCUCAGGCCCUUGAUGGGUAUAAUGGCACCAUCAUGUGUUAUGGGCAGACAGGAGCUGGCAAGACAUACACCAUGACGGGGGCCACUGAGAAUUACAAACACCGGGGGAUCCUCCCUCGUGCCCUGCAGCAGGUUUUUAGGAUGAUUGAAGAGCACCCCACACAAGCCAUCACUGUACGUGUUUCCUACCUGGAAAUCUAUAAUGAGAGCCUGUUUGAUCUCCUGUCCACUCUGCCCUAUGUUGGACCCUCAGUCACACCAAUGACCAUCGUGGAAAACCCUCAAGGGGUCUUCAUUAAGGGCUUGUCGGUCCACCUCACAAGUCAAGAGGAGGAUGCAUUCAGCCUCCUCUUUGAGGGAGAGACCAACAGGAUUAUCGCCUCCCACACACUGAACAAAAACUCCUCCAGGUCACACUGCAUCUUUACUAUCUACAUGGAGGCCCAUUCCCGGACCUUAUCAGAUGAAAAGUACAUCACUUCCAAAAUCAACUUGGUGGAUCUGGCAGGCUCAGAGAGGCUGGGAAAGACAGGGUCUGAGGGUCGAGUCCUAAAGGAAGCCACCUACAUCAACAAGUCGCUGUCGUUCCUGGAGCAGGCCAUCAUUGCCCUUGGGGACCAGAAGCGGGACCACAUACCUUUCCGGCAGUGCAAACUCACUCAUGCCCUGAAAGACUCCUUAGGGGGAAACUGCAAUAUGGUUCUUGUGACAAACAUCUAUGGAGAAGCUGCCCAGUUAGAAGAAACGCUGUCUUCUUUGAGAUUUGCCAGUAGGAUGAAGCUGGUCACUACUGAACCUACCAUCAAUGAAAAGCAUGAUGCUGAGCGAAUGGUCAAGAACUUGGAGAAAGAGCUGGCAUUGCUCAAGCAGGAACUAGCCAUCCAUGAUAGCCUGUGCAACCGUACCCUCGUGACCUAUGACCCCAUGGAUGAAAUCCAGAUUGCUGAGAUCAACUCCCAGGUGCGGAGGUACCUGGAGGGGACACUGGACGAGAUUGAUAUAAUCAAUCUAAGACAGAUCCGGGAGGUGUUCAACCAGUUCCGGGUGGUUUUGAGCCAACAGGAAUGGGAAGUGGAGGCUGCCUUGCGAAGGAAGUACACUCUCAUAGACAAGAAUGACUUUGCAGCCAUUUCUGUUGUCCAGAAGGCAGGGCUUGUGGAUGCUGAAGGCCACCUAGUAGGUGAACCUGAUGGACAAAGCUUUGGACUUGAAGUCGCACCUUUUUCUACCAGACCCGGGAAGAAGCCCAAGUCUAAGAAGACAUUGAAAAAUCAGCUCAGCUCCUCAUCAAGAAAGGAAGGUGCCAGCAGCCCUGUGAGUGGCAAGGACCUGGAUAUGAUUUCAAUCUCCAGGACCCAGCUGGCCCCAUCCUCCAAAGAUGGGGAUGUCAAAGACAUGCUUCUACGGGACCAGGAAACUUCCACCAUUGAACCACUUCCCUCCAACUCCCUAAAGGAUGAAUCACGCCCACCCAGCACCCCACCCUCCAAGCCUGUGGCUUUUGAGGAGUUUAAGAAUGAAAGAGGUAGUGAGAUCAACCGUAUCUUCAAAGAGAACAAAUCCAUCUUGAAUGAACGGAGGAAAAGGGCCAGUGAGACCACCCAGCGCAUCAAUGCCAUCAAGCGGGAGAUUGAUGUGACCAAGGAUGCCCUAAAUUUCCAGAAGUCACUACGGGAGAGACAAGGUGAGUACGAGAAUAAAGGACUGAUGAUCAUCGAUGAGGAGGAAUUUCUGCUGAUCCUGAAGCUCAAAGACCUUAAGAAGCAGUACCGAAAUGAGUACCAGGAACUGCGUGACCUCAGGGCUGAGAUCCAGUACUGCCAGCGCCUGGUGGAUCAGUGUCGCCACCGCCUGCUCAUGGAAUUUGACAUUUGGUACAAUGAAUCCUUUGUCAUCCCUGAGGACAUGCAGGUAGCACUGAAACUCAGCAGCAGCAUCCGGCCAGGCAUGGUGCCUGUCAACAGGAUUGUGUCUCUGGGAGAAGAUGACCAGGACAGGUUCAGCCAGCUGCAACAGACAGUACUGCCUGAGGGUCCUGAUUCCAUCUCCUACUAUAAUGCCAAAGUCAAGACAUUACAGAAGCUCCCGAGCACCACCAGCACAGCUUAUAUCACACUGAACUACUGGAUCAACUUUGGGCUGUGAGCAUUCCUGCAGAGCUGUGGCAGGCUUCUUCUAGAUCCCUCUACAGGUGGUUUCUGAUUCCUCCUUUCCCUUCAUUUUGGAAGCCACAGAGAUGUUCCCAUGUGUGACAGUGUUGGGGAGACUUGCGGCUUAUCACCUAGCCAACUCUUUGUGAAGAAUCAGACGGCCCUGCUUGCUGAUUUCAUGAAAACAGCCUAUCAUACACAUCAUCAUCUUCAGCAUCCCCUUCCAUUUUACCAUCUUCUAAAUCCUUGGGACACAAAAUACCAAACCUAGCAUCUCUCCAACAUAUAGAUCACCUUUUCUUUUGGAAAGAUGGCAAAGGCUUCAGGUUCCCUGUCUACUUUAGGCUCCAAAUCAGAACUAGAAAGCACACAUCCUGUCCAGUGUUGUUUCUUGGUCACCCUGGAAUCAAACUAGAGUGCUUUAUCAACUUUACUGUCGUGGGCCAGCUGGGUGGGAAAGAAUCAGUGGCUCCCUGGGAAGCCUGUCUCACUGAGCUUCUUCUGAGCUAGGGAUGGCAACCUUGAGCCUUCCCCAGCCAUGCUAGAUGACAGCUGCCUCAGUGGUAGAAACUGGCUCACACUGGUAGACUUGCACACUUCUGGCCUCACAGUAUUCUGGUUUUUAACCAACUGAAUCUCAGGUAUCACCUUCUGUGGAGGUGGCAGGAAAUGAGGAACAGACCCAUAGCCAUUCCUUUUUAAAA